GUAGCACAGUGCCAACGCGUUCCCACUUCGUAGUUCGCAUUACACUUCGAUCCCUUAAACGUGCGCGUCGCAAUCGGUAUCGUCCUUUUUUUUAAUGGUCGUCGGCUAAAAAUUUGCGUCGCCCGUCAAGUAUUAUAAAAUAUUUAUUUGAUAGUAUAAUAUUAUAAUAUUCGUGCAAAAUGAGAGCUGCACCGACGAAGAUGUCUCUGUGCGCACUGGUCUGCCUGGUUACCACCCUAGCUGUUGGCGCGGAAAUAUAUUUUGAAGAGAACUUCUCCGACGAAUCGUUUGAGACCGCAUGGACAUACUCGGAAUAUCCUGGCAAAGAGUUCGGCAAGUUUGUAUACAGCUCGGGCGCUUUCUACAACGAUGUCGAGGCCGACAAGGGUAUACAGACGUCACAGGACGCUCGAUUCUAUGCAUUGUCCAAGAAAUUCUUGCCAUUUAGUAAUGAAGACAGUGACCUCGUUAUCCAGUACACGGUCAAACACGAGCAGGCUAUUGAUUGCGGCGGUGGAUACGUUAAGCUGUUCAACUGUGAUUUGGAUCCAAAACAAAUGCACGGUGAAACGCCAUACGAAAUUAUGUUUGGACCUGACAUUUGUGGACCUGCUGUGAAGAAGGUGCAUGUUAUCUUCAGCUACAAUGGCAAAAACGUAUUGAUCAAUAAAGAUAUUCGUUGUCUUGAUGAUGUCUACACUCAUGUUUACACACUUAUUGUAAAACCUGAUAAUACUUAUGAGGUAUUAAUUGACAAUGAAAAUGUAGAAUCUGGUAAAUUAGAAGCCGAUUUCGACUUUUUGCCACCCAAGAAAAUCAAGGAUCCUGAAGUUAAGAAACCUGAAGAUUGGGAUGACAAUGCUACUAUUGAUGACCCCAAUGAUAAGAAACCAGAAGAUUGGGAUAAGCCAAAACUCAUUACCGACCCAACUGCCACUAAACCAGAAGAUUGGGACGAUGAAAUUGACGGCGAUUGGGAGCCAGCAAUGAUUGAUAAUCCAGAAUACAAGGGUGAAUGGGUACCAAAACAGAUUGAUAACCCAAAAUACAAGGGAGUAUGGGUACAUCCAGAAAUUGUCAAUCCAGAAUACAAACAAGAUGAUAAACUAUAUGCCAGAAAAGAAAUUUGUGCCGUUGGUUUUGACUUGUGGCAAGUAAAAUCUGGUACUAUUUUCAAGAAUAUUUUGAUUACAGACGACAUUGAAGUAGCAAAAGAUAAAGCAGACGACAUUAUCAAAUUAAGAAUUGAGGGCGAGAAAAAUAUGAAGAUAGCACUUGAAGAUGAAGAAAGGAUGAAAGCAAUGCAAGAAGGAAAGAUAUCUAGUGACGCCCAACUUGAUAAUGAGAAUGGAGAGGAAGAUGAAGAAAUUGUAACCACCGACGACACCCACGAUGAGUUGUAAAAAAAAUAACUGUAUAAUAUUGUGAUUAGUUUAAGACUGCCACUUAUUAUUAUGUUUUGAUAAACACCUGUUCUUACAGUCACUAAAAUAAUUUAAUUAGUUCAUUCCUCGAUAACUAUUUUUUUUUUUUUUUUUUAUAGAUAAUUAAUAAUAUCUGCUUGUGAAAAUAUUAUUGAAUAUUCAUUAUUCCUUUUAGUAUUAAGUAAUUACAUUUAUUUAAGUAGAUACCUAAAAUAUCCUAAAGUAAAAAUCAUAAUUUAUAAAAAUAAUAUUUUUUUAUAUUCAAUAUUUGUUUUAAUUAAUUGGUCAAUUAAAUGACAUACGCCUAUAAGAUAAGAAAAAAUAUAAUUUUUUAACAUGUUAGC